GUGCAGCUCCCCCUCUCUGUGUUUCACUCUGUACAGCAGCAGCCUCUCAGCUCCAGCGUGUUUCACUCUGUACAGCAGCAGCCUCUCAGCUCCAGUGUGUUUCACUCUGUACAGCAGCAGCCUCUCAGCUCCAGCGUGUUUCACUCUGUACAGUAUCAGCCUCUCGGCUCCAGUGUGUUUCACUCUGUACAGCAGCAGCCUUUCAGCUCCGGCGUGUUUCACUCUGUACAGCAGCAGCCUCUCAGCUCCAGCGUGUUUCACUCUGUACAGCAGCAGCCUCUCAGUUCCAGUGAACAAGCAGCCUUCCCUCACAAUGGGAACCUCUUCUUUGCAGAUCUCCAGCCUGUACACACAGUGCCUGCGGGGACUGGUUCUGGUCUCUCUGAUGAUGUGCAGUAGCAAAACCAGCAUUGGAGUCGACGGUUACUUGAUGCAGGUGAUGUCUGACUGCGAGUACAGUGACAGCAGCAUGACGGACAUGGUGUUUUCCCGGAGCUAUGUUUUUAACAAGAAGGAGUUUAUUCACUACGACACCAAGAUCCAGAAGUACGUCGGGAACACAGCCUGUGGGGUGAAGAAUGCGGAGGAGUGGAACAAGGAUAAGGCCCAGCUGGCAGGGAUGCUGGGUCAGGUGGAUGGAUAUUGCAAACCCAACGCGGAACUCGACCUGAGCUUCACAACAGAUAGGAAAAUUCCACCCGCUGUCAGAGUCCGCUCUAUGAAACCCUUCAGCUCUCAGCACCAGACCAUGCUGGUCUGCUACGCGUUUGGCUUCUACCCACGUGAGAUAAAGGUGACCUGGCUGAGAAACGGAGCGAAGGUGACGGCUGAUGUAUCCUCCUCAGAGCUGCUCCAUGAUGGAGACUGGACCUAUCAGAUCCACUCGUACCUGGAGCUCACCCCCCAGUCCGGAGACUCCUACACCUGCAGGGUGGAGCACAGUACCCUCGCUGAGGCUAUCGAGAAGAAGUGGGAUCCAGCGAUGCCUGAAUCUAAGAGAAACAAGAUCAUCAUCGGAACUUCUGGAAUCGUUCUGGGCCUGGUCAUUGCAGCCGCUGGACUGAUCUACUACAAAAAGAAGGCUACAGGUCGCAUUUUGGUGCCAUCAGAUUAAGGUUCCUGAAGUGGCGGCUAAACAGGAUUCUUUGGUCACUGGUGCACACCUUGAAGGGGUGGAUGUGAAGAUUUAAAAUUGUAUUACUUUGUAUAACAUUCAUGUAGAUUCUUUCAAAUCAUUCAUACAAAAUUGGUAAUUUCAAUAAUGCAGUAACUUUACAGUAAUCAACUUUACCGUUUGUUUCACCACAUUGAAUGCUAAUGGGAAUAAAGGUAAACAGUCAUGCUUUUAGUCAUUGUAUUUGCUACAGAUGCUUCAGUCUUUACAGUUUAUACCUGAUUACAGUUUCAAUGUGACCUUGAUUAACAUUUUCCUACUCUGUAUUCAUUAACCGGGUUAGACCAGGCCUAUAUAUUUGUUCAGUAAUGGCAUUUGCUUAAAUAAAUUCGCUACAUUAAGAGCUUUUCUGAUAGAGUUAUUACAACAUAUGAAUUGUGUGUUAAUAAAGAUGUUUGACUUACGGUAUACAUUUUGAUUUAAGAACAUAGAUGUAUUUUUCUGUUGAUUUUAAAGUGUUUUAUGCAGCUAAUCUCUGUACCUGUUUUAAGUUCAAUAAAAGUUCCUUUUACUACCAAA